AAUGUCGUGUAUUGAUAUCGAAACUGCGAUAGUAUUUGGAAAAAAGACAGGUGCCUCAAAUUGUCCAGUUCAAAGCAUUGAAAAAUCUCUGGAGUGCGUUUCCAAAGCGGAGACCCAGAGUUUCUCUCAGUGUCCGUUCAACGCCUGCAAUAUCUUCAACCCACUUCGAUUGCAAAUUCAAUACCCAUUUGAGUUGACUGCAGAUUUCUCUUCAAAGAUUGAGGUCUUGUUCUUAUCGAUUAUGAAGGGUAUUCAGGCCAAUUUAAGUGCACCUUAAGUUCAAUCCCCAUUGCGGUUGACUGCAAAUUUGUUUUCGAAAACUGGGCUGUUGUUCUUGUUAUCGAUUAUGAGGGGUUUCGUAAAAAUCGAAACCAACAACCGAAAUGCCGUCUCUUAAGGGUUUAUUCUCAUCUUCAUCUCCAUCCUCUUCUGCAUCGUCUCCUCGUGAUUCUCCUCCUUUGGGGUCGGAGCUAGGGUCAAAGAAGCGGCUCACUCGGCAGCGGAGGCUCCGGUACCACACCGGAGUUGACCUGACGGUCCUGACUGAUCAGUCUCGUUCGCUUCCGGUUUCGCCGGAUUCUGGGCCGCGGUCUCUGCCUAAUUUGAGCCAUUGGUCGGUGCUGGCGGUCCCGCAACCUUUGCCGCUGCCUGAAUCUACAGCUGCUGGCCUUAAGCAGAAUGAUCAGUCAAAUUUGAAAUCGAGCUCUACUCCUGGAAGCUCUCUUUCUCAUCAAAUUAUCAGGAAUACCACCAAAAAUGCUGCCACAAAUUCUUCCAAAACUCCAACCUAUCGCCGUAGGGGAAUCCACAAACUCCUAAAUGUGGAAAGUGUUCCUUACUCCCUCAGGCUGAAUGCUCCUCCCAAGAGUGCUCCAACCACUGGUUUUUCAAGUCCUGCUCUUAGCCCACAAAGAUUUAGCACUGUGGAUCUCAGUCAUUCUCUUGUGAAUCCUCUAGAGUUUCGGGGUUCCCCAUCUCCGCAGGGCCCACUUUCAAUUAAGCUUGCAUGUUCCCCUCCCCAAAUGUUUUCAACCCAAGUGUUUUCAGCAAGACUACCAUGUACCCCUGAUCAUUCUCCAGUUCAUAGCCCAAAAUUCAACAGUGCUUUCCAAGAUAGCAGAAACGCUUCUGGUCUUGCAUUUCACUCACAUCAUAAAUCACUCCCUGAAAGCUCUAUGGGGUUGCGUGAAGGUAGUAGUCAUGCCAAUCUCCAUCCAUUACCUCUUCCACCAGGAGGUCCGAAGCCAUCACACUCAACUACUAAUGGGCACGUUAUGGAGAAACCUGACGUGUCAUUGGUUAAAGGUCAAUGGACGAAAGGGAAACUUAUUGGACGCGGUACUUUUGGCAGUGUUUAUGAGGCGGUCAAUAGAGAAACUGGAGCUUUGUGUGCCAUGAAAGAAGUCGAUGUCAUUGGGGAUGAUCCUAAAUCUGCUGAAUGCAUUAGGCAGUUGGAGCAGGAAAUUAAAGUUCUCCAAAAUUUAAAGCAUUCAAAUAUCGUGCAGUACUAUGGCUGUGAAGUGGUUGAGGACCGCUUCUGUAUAUACUUGGAGUUUGUUCAUCCAGGAUCAAUAAAUAAAUAUGUUCGUGAUCAUUAUGGAGCUGUUACAGAAAGUGUAGUGCGUAAUUUCACCCGCCAUAUUCUUUCAGGGCUGGCUUACUUGCAUAGCACAAAGACAGUCCACAGGGACAUUAAAGGAGCAAAUUUGCUUGUUGAUUCAUCUGGGGUUGUCAAGCUUGCCGACUUUGGGUUGGCGAAACACCUUACAGGAGCUGCAAUUGAUCUUUCUCUGAAGGGAAGUCCCCAUUGGAUGGCUCCUGAGGUUUUGCAGGCUGCGAUGAGAAAAGAUUCCAAUCCUCACCUUGCUUAUGCUGUUGACAUUUGGAGCGUGGGAUGUACAGUUAUUGAGAUGCUGGAUGGAAAGCCUCCUUGGAGUGAGUUCACCCCGGUUCAAGCUAUGUUCAAUGUCUUGCACAAAUCCCCAACUAUUCCUGAAACUUUAUCUUCAGAAGGAAAAGAUUUCCUCCAGUGGUGCUUUCGGAGAAAUCCUGCAGACCGACCAUCAGCUGCUUGGCUACUUGAUCAUCCUUUCUUGCAAAGUUCACAUGUAAUGGAUCAUAGUCCAAGAGACAAGAUGAAAAAUAUGAAUGGUUCAGUGCCAACCUCUCCAGGGGCAGGGAUUAGGCAACUUCCACGUAAUGGUGAAACUUCUCCAAAACCUUAUCCUGAAUGUUCCGAAAAAGGAGAAGCAUCUCGUCACUCUCCUCGUUCUACGCUGGAAGCGCUUCCUAGUAUACUUUCACCAGAGUUGAACUGCAAAUCACAUUUUGUUAGCCAAUCUGCAAAUGCUCCCAACAGUUUGCAACUUGCAGCCAGGGAAAUUUCACCGAAAGCCCACCGAAGGGAAAUCUAACACCUAUGACAUAUGGUUAUGACUGACUAUGAAUCUAUCAUGAAACUCUUGUAUAGUUGUCAGUCGAGGAAACAAAAUUCUCAUAUUCUACUGCUUGCACAGACACCGGCAAAAUGGCUACAGAAACUGUGAACCACUUUCUGGAAAUAUUGUUUCCGAAUAUACCAGUACUACACUGUUAAAGCUGCUGUUGAAGUUACCGAAAGCAAGUUUUAAUGGCUGACCAAAUUCAGCUGGUCCGGUUGUGCUCUUCUUUGCCUGUAUACAGAUUCAGCUAAAGAACAUACAGUUGAAACUUGACACAGGGCAGGGUAAUGAAGCAAGCUAGGAAAGGUUUAGUGGUGUUGUAAUCUAGAUGUGACCGAAGUUGGUUAGACUUUAGAUUACACUGUAGCUUAUUUUCCCACUGUUUUAUUUUGCUUCUCUUGAAGAGGACAAAAUGUAUCACGGUAGUCGUUCCUGGUCUAGGCUCAGGCGUAUUGUACAGUUACCUAUAACCCAUGUUUGAAGUCGCAACAUUUUGUGGCUAAGACAGAAAACCAUAUGGUUUUGAAAUUCAAGUUAUGUUUUGUAUGAGAGAGGGGGGAGUUUUUUCGAAA